UAGCUUAACCUGUGAUCGUUUCACUUAUGCGGUUAUAGCUUAGCCACAAGCUCCUCAUGAUUGUCAAAUUAUGCAUAAACACUUUAUUAUUUAAAUAUAAAAUGCUGUACACUGGUCAAAGAUGAACAUUCUGAACAGUAGGCCGGUUGUAUAAUCUUAAUUCAAUUUAAAAAAAACAAUCACUUCAGAACAAUGGUCUGUUCGAGACUACAUUGUUCCUUUUUUGAGCUAACUCGCUGUGAUUGUUUUAAUGGUAAACAUUGUUUCAAGAUUACAAAUACAUAAUAUUAUGUUACAAAGGACCAAAGCAAUGUAACCAAUUUUGAGAGUAUUUUAAUUACAUAUUAUUAUUGAAUUUGAACUAGUAAUCAAUCUCACUGCUGUACUCAAAUCCCAUGAUUUCAAUUGACGUACUUAGCUUCAAACACGAAGACAAUUUAAUUUACAACUAAUCGGCUCGACCGAUUUUGAUAAAAUUUAAAUGAAGUGACACUUAAAAACAUAGGUUCAUUUUUAAUCUCUGAAUUAUUUUUCCUCUAUUAUGUAUGUGUUAUAACAUUUAAUAAAUCAAGAUAUAUAAAUAUGGAACAAACUAGAAUCAAUUGUUUGUACAAUAUGAAGACUUACAAGAUAUAAGCUUCAGCGGUAUCAAGUAUCAAAUGAUCCAUUUUCAAAUUUAGGUAAUCCUAUUACCGUUGUACACAAACUAGGUGUGCAGCGGACUAAAAAGGUUACUCAAAGCAGUUUCGUUGCAGUUUAUAGUUAUAUUCUACUGAUAGUAUAUUUAUCAAAACCUUUAAAUCAUAAACAGGUUUAGUUUAAUAGUUUGUGGCAUUAUUAGGGUUAUUUUAAGGCCUACUGAAAAGAUCAAAGAAGUUCUUUUAAUAUAUUUUUUUGUUAUUUUUAUCGUGUGAGUGUGUCACUCAGUGUAUAAAAGAAAAUAACAUCAAAAAAGUGUGGAUGGGUCAGCUAGGAUUUAAUAUCAUCUUGGCUGUGGAACCGUGAACGCGCAAUACACGGCGUACAGCGGCAUCUCUCUCCCACACCUGCAAUAAUAUUAUUUUAUGACGUGGUAGGCCCCCAGAACUUCUUAGUAAAAGGUAAUGUUUUAUUUAAUAUAAUUACUGUAUCAUUAUAGACAGUUACCAUAUACUAGAUGGCUAUGAUUAGAGUCUAGUACACGGAACAAAAAAUGUCUUGACAGCCCUGUUAGUAGCCACAAUGACAAUGUUUCUAUGUGACUCAUGGGACAAGGAAUAAUAGACUUACAUUUUCAUUUGAAAAAAAUAACAGAUCAAUACCAAAUAUACUGGCAGCCUUACGUGCCAGGAUCAGGCCAGUAACAUGGCGACCGGUACCUGGGAGGAGUUCUUCGCCCUGCACCUUCCUCCACCAGACUUCGAAGACAAUCGCUCUCUUCUCAAGGAGUUUUGUGAGAGACACGACCAAUACGGAAAUAAAAUCGUUCUUGUAACGUCUGGGGGCACGACAGUCCCCCUGGAGCACAACACGGUCCGCUUCGUGGACAACUUCAGCGCGGGUACGCGGGGCUCGUCAUCCGCGGAGUACUUCCUGGAGCAGGGCUACGCGGUCAUCUUCAUGCAUCGCCAGAAGUCGCUGGAGCCCUUCACCAGGCACUUCACUGGGCAGAAGCUGCUUGACAUGCUCGAGAUUCAAGAUCGAGGACCGAACACUUCUAUUUCAGUGAAGCCGGACAGUGUGGACGUGCUAGCGCCGAUCCUGCUCCGCUACAAGGCGGCGCACGCGGCCGGCGCCAUCUUGCACGUGUCCUUCACCACCGUGUCCGAGUACUUCUGGUUGUUGCGAGCUGCUUGCGAGUGUCUCGCCAACCUGGGCGCGAGAGCCAUGCUGUACCUCGCUGCGGCUGUCUCCGACUUCUAUAUACCUAAGGAUCGAGUGCCGACUCAUAAGAUGCAGUCAGCGGGCGGCGCACCCAUCAUCCAGCUGCACCUGGUGCCCAAGAUGCUGGCUCCACUGGUCAACCUGUGGGUGCCCGAAGCUUACGUGGUAUCUUUCAAGCUCGAGACUGACGAGAACCUCCUCAUUCCUAAGGCGAGAUUGGCCUUGGAGAAGUACAAGCACAAGAUGGUGGUAGCUAACCUGCUACAGACGCGCCAUCACCGAGUGAUCCUCGUCUCACCGGACAUCUCGCAGGAGAUCGUGCUCACUAGGGAAGAAGUGCACGCAGGCGUGGACAUCGAGUCGUCGAUCGUGUGCGAGAUCGUCCGGCUGCACGGCGUGCACAUGCGGCAGGCGGGCGAGGCCGUGUCCCCGCCGCGCUCGCCGCGCUGAUGCUCGCGCGCGCGCCGCCGCCUCUACCUCACCAAGGAGUAGGCGGCGCCGCUACACCUGCAGGUACUGCCCCCCACAGCCCUAGCUCAGCACCCUAGUAGCUGAGUACUGUCGCCGCCGCCUCUACCUCACCAAGGAGUAGGCGGCGCCGCUACACCUGCAGGUACUGCCCCCCACAGCCCUAGCUCAGCACCCUAGUAGCUGAGUACUGUCGCCGCCGCCUCUACCUCACCAAGGAGUAGGCGGCGCCGCUACACCUGCAGGUACUGCCCCCCACAGCCCUAGCUCAGCACCCUAGUAGCUGAGUACUGUCGCCGCCGCCUCUACCUCACCAAGGAGUAGGCGGCGCCGCUACACCUGCAGGUACUGCCCCCCACAGCCCUAGCUCAGCACCCUAGUAGCUGAGUACUGUCGCCGCCGCCUCUACCUCACCAAGGAGUAGGCGGCGCCGCUACACCUGCAGGUACUGCCCCCCACAGCCCUAGCUCAGCACCCUAGUAGCUGAGUACUGUCGCCGCCGCCUCUACCUCACCAAGGAGUAGGCGGCGCCGCUACACCUGCAGGUACUGCCCCCCACAGCCCUAGCUCAGCACCCUAGUAGCUGAGUACUGUCGCCGCCGCCUCUACCUCACCAAGGAGUAGGCGGCGCCGCUACACCUGCAGGUACUGCCCCCCACAGCCCUAGCUCAGCACCCUAGUAGCUGAGUACUGUCGCCGCCGCCUCUACCUCACCAAGGAGUAGGCGGCGCCGCUACACCUGCAGGUACUGCCCCCCACAGCCCUAGCUCAGCACCCUAGUAGCUGAGUACUGUCGCCGCCGCCUCUACCUCACCAAGGAGUAGGCGGCGCCGCUACACCUGCAGGUACUGCCCCCCACAGCCCUAGCUCAGCACCCUAGUAGCUGAGUACUGUCGCCGCCGCCUCUACCUCACCAAGGAGUAGGCGGCGCCGCUACACCUGCAGGUACUGCCCCCCACAGCCCUAGCUCAGCACCCUAGUAGCUGAGUACUGUCGCCGCCGCCUCUACCUCACCAAGGAGUAGGCGGCGCCGCUACACCUGCAGGUACUGCCCCCCACAGCCCUAGCUCAGCACCCUAGUAGCUGAGUACUGUCGCCGCCGCCUCUACCUCACCAAGGAGUAGGCGGCGCCGCUACACCUGCAGGUACUGCCCCCCACAGCCCUAGCUCAGCACCCUAGUAGCUGAGUACUGUCGCCGCCGCCUCUACCUCACCAAGGAGUAGGCGGCGCCGCUACACCUGCAGGUACUGCCCCCCACAGCCCUAGCUCAGCACCCUAGUAGCUGAGUACUGUCGCCGCCGCCUCUACCUCACCAAGGAGUAGGCGGCGCCGCUACACCUGCAGGUACUGCCCCCCACAGCCCUAGCUCAGCACCCUAGUAGCUGAGUACUGUCGCCGCCGCCUCUACCUCACCAAGGAGUAGGCGGCGCCGCUACACCUGCAGGUACUGCCCCCCACAGCCCUAGCUCAGCACCCUAGUAGCUGAGUACUGUCGCCGCCGCCUCUACCUCACCAAGGAGUAGGCGGCGCCGCUACACCUGCAGGUACUGCCCCCCACAGCCCUAGCUCAGCACCCUAGUAGCUGAGUACUGUCGCCGCCGCCUCUACCUCACCAAGGAGUAGGCGGCGCCGCUACACCUGCAGGUACUGCCCCCCACAGCCCUAGCUCAGCACCCUAGUAGCUGAGUACUGUCGCCGCCGCCUCUACCUCACCAAGGAGUAGGCGGCGCCGCUACACCUGCAGGUACUGCCCCCCACAGCCCUAGCUCAGCACCCUAGUAGCUGAGUACUGUCGCCGCCGCCUCUACCUCACCAAGGAGUAGGCGGCGCCGCUACACCUGCAGGUACUGCCCCCCACAGCCCUAGCUCAGCACCCUAGUAGCUGAGUACUGUCGCCGCCGCCUCUACCUCACCAAGGAGUAGGCGGCGCCGCUACACCUGCAGGUACUGCCCCCCACAGCCCUAGCUCAGCACCCUAGUAGCUGAGUACUACCGUAGAUUGUAGUUCUAGUCUUUACAGCCCCCUGUAAAUAAACUAUGAGGUAACAAUAAACUCAUCAACUUUUUCCUUAAACUUACUAGACACAUCCUCAGGUCGUUGAUUGCAGUCCAGAACUCCACCGUCCCCGGCCCAAAUUAUACACAAUCGCAACUAAGACAUAAACUAAACAUUCAGUCUCAAGUUCCCUCAAGUUGUCAGACGGCAGCCGGGCCCUUGCUAGUUUCCGAAUGUCUGCCUUAAAAAAAGCUUACUGCUAGCCCCAAAGUCUUGCUAGUAUAUGGCCUGUCUAGGCGAUUCAUUUGUGCUAUCAAAUCUGGGGCUUAAAUGUAUAUUACGCUCAAAAAAAAAAUGCAUAACAUUUUUUGGAAAGAAUUAUGCAAUAGAUUUUCUUUUAAUUGUUACUCAGUUACGAU